GGCAGUUCACAGCAUUCUAAACGGAAUAAGUUACUCUUCGGGAUAUAGAACUUACUUUAUUAGGUGUUUUUUGUUUGUUUUUGCAUGUUUUGGGUCACAGAUUUUCCUUCAGGAGAGGACUGCCAUGUUUAGUUCAUCGAUACGUGAGCUCCUUUGCCUACGACAACUUUAUAGGGCAAUAAUUUCUGGCCAGCGCUGUAAGGCUCAGGUGGGAUUGAGAACAUACUGCAGACCAGCCCCCUUGCUUACCGCGAGCCCCACGCGUGCUUUAAUUGAUGAACUGAUCACCGUUGAAGGAUGUUUCCUUACCCCUAAUUCACCUAUUACCGUGCGGGCACGCAUGCACAGUGAGGAUGGCGACCUGUGGGAGUCGCUAGCUUACUACUACACGGAUGGAAGGGGAACUGUUAACUUAAACAGGGAUUCGUCCAUUGGCGGUUCCUAUGUGGGUUGUGAACCAAUGGGAUUAUUCUGGAGUCUGCAAGCCGCCCCUGGAGAGAGAGAGGGGCUUAGGCUACGGAAGAGAGAUGUUGAGACCCCAUAUCUUGUGGAUUUGUCUGUGCUCCAAGGCCACAUUUCCUCCUGUGAUGGAGCUGGAGGACAAGGUAUGAGAGCUGAGCAGGAGGUUGCCGCAGUGAAGGUGGAGCGCUGGUACAUGUCCCCAGGAGUGCGCAGAGUAGAGAUCCGGCAAAAUGGGGUUGUGGGUACUUUGUUUAUGCCUCCAGGCCCUGGUCCAUUCCCUGGUGUCUUGGACCUUUGGGGAAUGGGAGGGGGUCUUGUGGAAUACCGCUCUGCCCUGUUUGCAUCACAUGGUCUGGCUAGCUUUGCUUUAGCCUAUUUUGACCAUAAGGACAUUCCUGGCCCCGCUAAGCGUGUCAAUGUGAAAGACUCAUAUUUCAAGACGGCGUUCGAGAUUCUCCAGAACCAUCCACAGAUAUGUUCAGACAGGGUGGCCGUUGUAGGCCUCUCUUUUGGAGUUUACUUAACCCUGAAGAUUGCCACACAACUUUCUGUCAAUCCCAGCUGCAUAAUCUGCAUUAACGGUCCAUUAGGAAGUUUCAACAAGUCAUUUAAUGAAAAUGGAGUUUCAGGGACCUUUGAUGAGCACCAAGAAUAUUGGAGCUAUGAUGAACACAACAAUGUUAGCUUCAGGGAAAUGUCCUCACCAAAGAACAUCCCACCAGAGAACUUUGUUAAGAUUGAGAACCUGAAUUGCCCUUUGCUCUAUAUUCUUGGAGAAGACGACCUUAGCUGUGCGGCUGUAGAGAACGCGGAUGAGAUUGAGAAGAGGUUGAGAGCUGUUGGAAAGUCCCACCUAUUCAACUGUGUGUCCUACCCAGGGGCGGGGCACCUGAUUGAGCCUCCUUACACUCCCAAUGCCAGGGCUUCCUUAUGGACCACGCGACCCACAAAACUGAUCACCCUGUGGGGAGGGAACCUUGCCCAGCACGCUGUGGCUCAGGAGGAUUCGUGGAAAAGAAUCCUGGGAUUCCUGGACCUGUACCUCAGACAGAGUGACUGAGCGCUUACCCAAUGACAUGGCCUUAAAAUGACGUUAAUUAUGGCGCUCCGAGAUGAAGAGGUCAUGACACCCUGAGGUCACCAUGGCGAUCAGAGCGAUGAAUUCCUGAAAGUCAAUCCUCAAGUCUCCGUUCUGGUCAAGGUCAGAGAAGAGCUCAUCAAGGGUUUCACUGUCCUGAACUUUCUGUUAACGUAAAUCAAAUGGUUGGAUUCUAGAUUGUUGAUAUGUACACACAUAGAUAUUUCAUAAUCCUGUUCAAUUAUUUUAACCAGAGAUCUAAUUUUGACUCUAUUGAUUAAGGCAGUUUUUGUAGUCGAUAUAAUACCCCAGUAACCAUUAUUAUGAUUUUCAAUGUUGAUUGUAGCAAUCGUUUAUUUUGGUCACUACAUUCCGUUGUAUAACUGAACCCUGUGAUCCCAGACUGAUGUUCUCCAUGUCUGUGCGUGAAAGGCAUUGUACUUGAAGAGAGAAGCUAAGAAAUUUGGUACUAGAAAGAGUAGGUGCCAGAAAAAGACGUAUGACUGUAUGUGCAGAAGUGAGACAAAGAAACCUUAAGUUGACCUUUCACAUACUAGUCAGGAUGUUCUGCUUUGUUCUGCAGUUAUUUAAAGGCUUUUUUACAUUGUAAAAUCAUGAUCAAAAUGUCAGCCAGUCAGGGAUGGAUUCAAGCUUUACUUUCCAUAUAUGGAAAAACGGAAGAGUGGUUCUGAGGUAUGAAACCACUGUUAAAUCUAUUUUUGAUCGAGCUGUUCUUCUUUGAGUUAUAACUUCAGCAACUGCAAAUAAACCCUAAUCUAUA